AUGACAUCGGCCAUUAACACAUACAAGGCUCUUGUCGUCAAGAAGUCGUCGGGCUCAGUGUACGCGUACGAUGCGCAUUUGACAGACUUACCGCUUCCCAAGUUGAACCCGGGGCAGGUGCUGGUGAAAGUGAAUGCAGCCGCGUUCAAUCACCGAGACCUUUGGAUACGUCGUGGCCAGUAUCCAGGUAUCACUCCUGGGAGCACCUUUGGAGCUGAUGGCGCUGGUGUUGUCGUUGGGUCUCACGACAAGAAUGACACAUUAGUCGGAAAACGCGUCUUCGUCACUCCCAUGCGAGGCUGGGAGAAACACCCGGAUGCUCCUGAAUCUCAUACUGCUACUUUGAGGUUUGGUGUCAUCGGCGGCAGCGCUUGGCUACGACUCGGAACAUUCACUGAGUAUGUGGCCGUUGAUCGGGACCAGGCUAUACCCACCCCAAACCACCUUGAUGAUACUCAGGCGGCUGCGUGGCCUUUGGCCGGCUUAACGGCGUGGAGGGCCACCAUCAUUAAUGGGCAAGUCAAAAAGGGCGAUACUGUCCUCAUCACUGGUAUUGGAGGCGGUGUUGCUCUCGUUGCCUUACAAUUCUGCGUCGCGAAAGGGGCAAAUGUUUACGUCACCAGCGGUAAGCAGGAGAAGCUGGACAAAGCCAUUGCCCUUGGCGCCAAAGGAGGCGUAAACUACAAGGAUAAGGACUGGAGGAAACAACUUGGUGUCCUUCUGAGGAAGAACAACCAUGGUCUCUUCGAUGCUGUAAUCGACUCAGCGGGAGGCGACAUCUCUGAAUUAGGCAAGAUCGUCAAGGCUGGUGGCCGGUUUGUCUGCUACGGAAUGACUGCCGAACCGAGGAUCACUUUCACGAUGAGAGAAGUGUUGAAAAACUACAAAUUACUUGGCUCUACUAUGGGAUCUCGCCAAGACCUUAUUGACGCGACCAAAUUCAUGGCUGAACAUCAGAUUGUUCCGGUCGUUUCGCAUGUCUUAGACGGGUUAGAAUCAGCCGAUGAAGGUUUCGAAUUGAUCAAACGAGGGGACCAGUUUGGUAAAAUCGUCAUCAAGGUUAGGCAUGAUGCACAAUCAAAGUCUAAGCUGUAG